UGGUUUUGCUUUGAAGAAUAUCGAACGCUGGAGAGAGUCAGUCGAACGUCUCCGUCCCGCUCUGAUCCCGAAGCCCGCUCAGGAGGGUUUCACCAAUCUUGUGAUGAUGGUCGUAGACAAGGAUCUGACACUAGAAACCGUAUUAAAGCACACUCUGGAGAUCGUUUGCCUGUUGACUGGAGAGGAUUAUAUUGUGGUGAAGAAGAUGUCUGAAAAUGGAGAACGUAAGAAAGGCAUUGGCUUGAUAGGAUCUUCUUGUAAAAAUCUGGGCCCUUCGAGGGAGAACUCAGACCUCGUGUCGACGGGUAGAGUAUCCGGGGUGAAAGAAGCCGUCUCGGAGAAGAUCACGGAACUCGCAAACAAAAUCAUUCAGCUGCUGACCAAAAAGGUUCCCCUGAAACAUGAUGAUGUGGCUGUCUACUUCACCACGGAGGAGUGGGACUAUGUAGAAGUGCACAAAGAGGACUAUUCUGACGUCACAAACGACGAUGUUGGAAAAGACAUCCCACAAGAGCUCCCUCUCGACCAAAGCCACGAGACUGACGAUGAGGACACCAUCGUGACCGUUAUUAAAGUGGAGCCAGAUGACUCUGAAUAUAUAUGUACGGAAAUUCCACAAUUUCUUUCAUCGCCGGAGCAGUCUGAAGAGUCUGACUUUAAUUCCGAAUUUCAUAUCAAAGAAGAUGCUGAAGAUGUUUUAGUUGUGACUAUUAACGAGGACACUAUGAAGUCAAGCGAUUAUGAAAACUCUCAUGCCAGAAAAAGUCAGAAAUCGGGGGAGAAGAUGCAUCCCUGCGAUGUGUGCGGGAAGAGGUUUAGGAACAACUCCCAUCUCGCCCGCCACUUUACGGUUCACACUGGCGAGAAACCAUACCCGUGUAACGUCUGCGGGAAGAUGUUUGCGCGCAAGUCUCACGUCGCCGAUCACAAGCGCAUCCACACAGGGGAGAAGCCCUAUACCUGUAAGGAAUGUGGACGGAAAUUCACCAAUAACUCCCACCUUGUUCUACACCGGGUGGUCCACACGGGAGAGAAACCAUUUACGUGUCCCGAAUGCGGCAAGGGCUUCACCCGUAACUCAAGCCUUAUCAAGCACUCUGGCAUCCAUGCGGAGGAGAAGCCACACGUCUGCAGGGAGUGCGGCAAAAGCUAUUGUCAGUACGCAAACUUGGUGGUCCACCAGAGGCUGCACUCGGGGGAGAAGCCGUACGUCUGCAAGUACUGUGGGCGAGGUUUUAUAUGUAAGGCCAGUAUGGUGAGGCACCAAAGGACUCACACCGGCGAGAAGCCAUUCUCCUGUGCAGAGUGCGGCAAAACCUUCACUGACAAUUCUUCCCUUAUUAAACACAAACGAGUCCAUGUCGUUGAGGAAGUGGAAAUAUCUUAGCAGGAUGACAACAGGGACACCCUAACAUGGAUCAACUGUAGUGGACAACACAGGAAGUCACUCCAGCCAGUCUUGGCCGGUUCUCUUCCACCCUUGGAGAUACUCGUGACCGGAUGUGUUCACCCACAUCUCCCUUCAUACUGGACAGCUAUGCCAAAAUCGACCAAGAGCUGGGGCAAGAGUAGUUUUUUUUAUUUUUCCCUGAAAAACAGGGUUCUGUAGUGACUAAUGAAGUUAUUUAACUUGGCUUAUAGUAAUGGGUCUUUCUGCGCUAGGCCUCUCCUAUAGUGUUUGAGUUGGGUUCCAGAGAGUAUACAUGCCCAAAGAUUAUAUAUAAUCUUGUUGCCCUAAUUCUGAGCAUUAAUGGGCUGGCCAGUGGCUUUUAGUCAAGUUUUUUUUGUUGGCAUAAAGGAUAACCAAGUACUAGUAAGUGAAAUAGAUAGAACACUAUAUUGAGACAGGGCGGGCAGAGUGUCUCCUAUCCAGGACAGAACCAAAAAAAAGAAAAACAUGAAACAGAGCCCUGUAUAAAUAAUGCUUAUACUCUGCCCACUGUUUGUAUUGUAUGAAAUAAAGAGCUCGUUGUAGUUUAUGUACAUGGUUUAAAAUGGUGCUUCACUCCUAGACACAGGAUCUGAACAUC